GUACCAUCAAUCAUACCCAAGCAUUUCUCUGUGCAGUCGCCACUGUUAGUAACACUCAAAAUGAACUUCUUUCGCGCUUUGUUCUUCGUGUUCGCUUGCCUCAGCGCAUUCGCCAUGGCUUCAGCUGCACCCUGGAAUCCCUUCAAGGAGUUGGAGUGAGCUGGUCAGCGAGUCCGCGACGCCAUCAUCAGCGCCGCGCCUGCAGUCGCGACCGUCGGACAGGCGGCCGCCAUCGCCAGGGGCGGAUGAACAACGGUUGCUCCAUCAUCUAUGAACAUGUUUAUUAAUUAUAUAACUUUCAUAUAUGUAUCAUCGUUAUUCUUGCUAUAAUAAACGUCAAUAACAUUUAUUUAUGUUUAUUAAUAUUUCGCACUGUUAUCCUUAACAGUAUACUGAAUGCCCGGCAGAUAAAUUAAAUUUUUUGACCAAUUGUAACGUUACCAAUUAUACUCACAUAUAUACUCCGUUAACGUUACUAAUGUCUUCUAAAUAGUCUGUGGUUAUAAUGUGAAUGAUUAACGCCCUCGCAAUUAGAACUACCAAUGAGCAUCAUCAUUGCAAUGAAUUGUCAUUGCACUGACGUACGUCCGAAUGGCGCCUGCAUAAAUAGGCGUGCAACGCGACCCGCCGCCUUUUUGAGCCAUUAUCCUUGGCCGUGGUACUACAUAUUCACACACGUCGUUGUUCCCGCUAGGGUUUUCCUUCCACGGCGUGCUUUCUACGGUGUGCUUGCACGGUGCACUAUCACGGACAGCAGACGGACGGGAGAACUGCCUCCCGACCACGUCCAGCUGCGCACCACCAUCGUCGGGUGUGCUGACCCCGACCGACUGCACACCCUGCUCACCCACGUGGCCUUCCAACUGCCCGGCGAGCUGCCGCCGGAGCCAGCCACGUGCAACAUCUACGUGCCGUUCGCCUGGAUCGGAGUUCCCGAGGCCAGUGACUCGUGUUGCAUAACACCAGCAACCAGUACCGAGUGUAACGCGGAAGUGUAAAAAAUAAAGCUCGUACC